GUCUGUUUGUCCUUUUCUAGCGAGAUGAAUGGAUGACCUUUGACUUCCUGGCGAUGAAGACGACCUCUGUGGCGGACAGACGAGCGCAGAAAGAAGCAGAGAAAGAGGCAGAGCGGCAGAAAGCACAGGCGAUUGAACAGGCUGGUCUUCACAGGUUAGAGUUGAACCCUUACUGGAAGGAUGGAGGAAGUGGUUUGCCUCCAGAGGAAUCCUCUAGUACUGCGGUGAAAAAAGCUGGAGUGGUGAAUGAUGGAGGGGUGAGCUGGCUCCGAAAGUCCUAUCAGAGGAUGAAGGAGCAGGCGGACAGAGAGCAGCGCAGUCUGGAUAGUGUGGUGGCCGAGAGAUAUGGGUCAAUGGAGGAGUUCCAGAAGAGACUAAAAGAGGCAGAAGAUGCUGCGUAUGGAGAGAGGAGAGAUGAUGAGAAGGAGAGAGGGAGGAGAGAAGAAGGGAAGGAGAGCUGGAGGAGAAACGACAGAGAAGAAGGGAGAGAACGAUGGAGGAGAGAUGAAGAAAAGGACAGAUGGAGAAGAAACGACAGAGACGAAGGGAGAGAAAGGUGGAGGAGAGAGGAUGGAGAUGAAGAAAAGGAGAGAUGGAGAAAAGACGGAUGGAGGAGAGGAGAAAAUGAGGACAGACGGAGAGAAAGAUCUCCAAAUGCUGAGAGAGAGAGAGCGAGAUCUCGUGAUGACCUGUCCAGCAAGUUUCUCAAACCCUCAGAAGAUGAAGAAGUGAGCCGAGGGGCGGGGUUUAAGAAAGGCUCUUCGUCCAAUCAGAGUGCAGCAUUCAGAAAGCCUGUCGAUGAUGUUGAAAUGAGCAGAGAGGCUGGAUUUAAGAAAGGCUCAUCAUCCAAUCAGAACGCAGCAUUCAGAAAGCCUGUUGAUGAUGAAAUGAGCAGAGGGACAGCGUUUAAGAAAGGCUCUUCAUCCAAUCAGAGUGCAGCGUUCAGAAAGCCUGUUGAUGGAGAUCAUGAUGAUGAUGAAAUGAGCAGAGGGGCGGAGUUUAGGAAAAGCUCUUCAUCCAAUCAGAGUGCUGCAUUCAGAAAGCCUAUCGAUAAUAAUAAUGACGGUAGAGGUGUUGCAGCUGCCUGGAGGAAGAGCAGCGCUGUUCAGGAUUCAGAGACGCCGACCCUGCAGAAACACACAGAGAAGAGCGCCGCCCUGCAGGAGGACAGCAAAACAACUACAACAGUGAGCAGUUCAGAGAGUGAGGAGGAGGAAGAGGAAGAGCUGAUCCUGACAGACGAGGAGAUGAAUAAAUUGGGAGCCAAAAUUGUCAAGGCAGAAAUCAUGGGAAACACGGCUCUGCUGGAGAAACUGAGAGCUCAGAUGGAAGCGGCCCGGCGGGCGAAAGAAAAGCGAGCUCAAAUAAAAGACCAGAGCAAACAGGCAUCUGAACCUGCCGUCUCGGAGAAAGAGGUGUUGCUGUUCAGAACCGACCCGUCAGGACGAGCCUGGCCCGUUAAUGCCCCGUCAGAAACACUGGAGCCCAGAGGAGGACGCAGGAAACGAAAAGCGGUGAGAUACAAAAUCACUACAGCUAUUAGAGAUUUCUAUAUCUAUACAUCACACGAAACAUAUCUCUGCGUUUAUC